AUGAAUAAAAAUUUAGAAGUUUUUGAUGAGAAAAAUCGUAUGGAAAAAAUUAAUUCACCUAGAAAUAAAUCAAAAUUUACGACAGCGAUUAUUCACUACGCACCUGGUGAAUUGAAGCCAGUCAAUGAAUGCAUAAAUGUGGAAGAUAAAUUAACACCGGUUAAAAUCAAGUCGAAUUUUAUUGUCGUCGAUGAACCACCCAGUUUACGAAUGCAAAUAACACCAUUUGCAAAUGAAUGCUAUGCAAAAACAAAUGAUAUAAAUAUUGACCGUGAAUACAGUCGAUUGCUUUCGCUUUAUGAUAAUUGGCAAGAAAUGCUUGCGAAUUCGAAUUUGUAUACGUUGAAAGAAAAGCAAACAGCUCAGGUGGAUUUAUUCGAUCAACUUCGUUAUGUUAAAGAUCUAUGCGCGCUUGUUGAUUACAAAAACGGUGAUGGUUCUCAAUUAACUACGAUGCCAGUUUUUAUGGCUAAAAAUAAAAAACGGCCAAUGCUCAAUAGCUAUCAAUUUUCAUUACCUUUAGAAGCAAAUAAAACGAGCGCUGAACCUAAAACAACAACAAGAAAAGCGUUCACUCCACUCGAUGAAAAUAAUUUAGAGGAGAAAAAUUGGAUCACAAGUACACUUCGUUCGGGAACAAAAUUAAGUCGAAAAGAUGAAAAUGAUUUGGCGUUAGAGAGAAUUCAAAGGGAAAUCGAACUGGAAAAAGAGCGACAACAAGAAAUAAAUAAUAUGCGAAAAAGCCUAAUUUUAAAUGGAGAAAUUGCUAAAAUUCAAACAAAAUCGUAUCAAAUUAAUGAAAAAUCCUUAAAAAAUUCACCAAUAGUACCAACUAAAACAAUACGAAAUUUAUCCAAAAAUGAUGAUAGAAUUUAUCAAAAAGCAUUUGAUCAUUCGAUCGAAAUAAAUACUGAACAUUCUUUAACAAAAUUUCAUUCACCAAUGGCACAUUCCUUAUUUUCCAAAAGAGCAUUUUCGAAUAAAUCGAAUCCAUUAGAACAAAUAUUUAUUCGUCGAUCAAUCGUCGAUGAUAAGCUUGAAGCGUUGGAUUAUAGUAAAAAUUCAACGAAUGGUGAUAACAAAAAAUAUGAUGGCUUUAUAACUGAAUCAAUUCCUAAUAUGAACGAGAAUAAAAGCAACGAAGAUAAAAUUUUUGAAGACUCUCGAGAAAAAUUAGCAGAGGAUGAAGCGAUAACAAAUUAUAGGCAAUCGAUUGAUAAGAAAAAUAUGGAAAAAUCUAUGAAUGAAAUAAAUGCGCUCAGAACCAAUGAAAAUUGCAAUCAGCAGGAAAAUGAACCAAGCAAUGAUUCAUCCGAGCUGAUAAGUCGUAUUACAAUUGAUGAUGAUCAGAUACAACCGAUAACAUUGACUAAAAAUUCCAAAUAUAGUGUAUGGCUAAUUUUUGGUUACGAUUGUGAUAAGGAAGAAUAUCGAAUUUCUCUGCCCUCCGACUAG